UGAGGGGCCGCAGUGGCUGCGGGGGAAGCUUCCUACUGACGCGCCGCAGCGGCGCCGGGGUUACGGUCGGCGUCGGUUUCGGUCGGCGGGGGGCGCCAAGCUGCGGAAGAUGUUGCUGGUCCUGUCGGAGGAGCAUAAGGAGCACCUGGGCUUCCUUCUCCAGGUGGAGAGCUCAGUUGUCAAUGAAUUUGGCCGUAUUGCGCUAGAGUUCCUAAGAAAAGGCACAAACCCAAAAAUCUACGAAGGAGCAGCAAGAAAACUUAAUGUUAGUAGUGAAACAAUUCAGCAUGGUGUAGAAGGAUUAACAUACCUUCUCACUGAGAGCUCAAAACUCAUGAUAUCAGAGAUAGAUUUCCAAGACUCUAUACUUGUACUAGGAUUCUCUGAAGAACUGAAUGCCGUAUUGCUUCAGCUGUAUCUUGACAAUAGGAAGGAGAUCAGAAGUAUUCUUACUGAACUAGCACCAAAGCUGCCUAGUUAUCACAGUCUUGAAUGGAGACUAGAUGUGCAGCUUGCUAGCAGAAGUCUGAGACAGCAAAUUAAGCCUGUUGUGACUCUGAAGCUCCACCUUACUCAGAAUGGAAACCAAACCACUCAAAUAUUACAGACCGACCCUGCGACGUUGCUUCACCUGAUUCAGCAACUGGAACAAGCUUUGGGAGAAAUGAAAACAAAUCAUUGUAGACGAAUAGUGCGUAACAUCAAGUAGUAUUUGCCAUCUCAGUAAACUUAUGGAAACCAGUGUCGCCAAACAACAGUGUGUCUGGACCAGUCAAAAACUUUUCCUCGGCCAAGUUCUUGAGACUGCAUUUAAGGGCUGAAUUUGCUUGGGUGCUAAUCUAGUAAUAAUGUCAGAUGCAAAUUAGAAUAAUCAUCAUAAUCUAACCAGACAUCAAUAUUAGUUGAACAUGUGAGCUUUUCUAAUUUUAUGUACAGCUGCCUUUUGCAUAAUGUGCUGUACAGCUUAUUGGUAUAAUGACCAAACAUUUUUCCUUCUUAUCUUUUCUGAUCUGAAUAAAGAAACAUAUACAGUAAUAUUUUA